ACUCGGUACGGAAUGCAAUUGCUUCUUAUUUUAAAUACUGACUGCCUGACAGUUUGUCUGUACAAUGCUGAAGUAUUUAGUAGCUCUUAUUUCAAUGGUCCUGGCCGUGUGGACUGUGCCCGAGUGGCUCACAUUCCCGAUCUAUGGCAAUGUUGUGAAUGUACUAGAGUCGUGGCUGCGGCAGCAGGUCAGUGAUGUGUCAGCAUCUCCACCUGGACGCAUGCUGACCGAAGAUGAGCUGUCUUUAUACAACGGAGGAGACAACAGUAAAGGAUUGUACCUGGCGAUCUUAGGACAGGUGUUUGACGUUGAAAAGGGGAGGAAACAUUACGGCCCUGGUGGCGGUUACCAUUUCUUUACGGGAAAAGACGCGUCUAGGGCGUUUAUUACAGGGGAUUUCACAGAGUCUGGCUUGUCUAGCGAUGUCUCGGAUUUCUCGGACUCCCAGAUUGUGGCUCUUUAUGACUGGCUGUCAUUUUAUCAGAGGGACUACACUCCAGUAGGUAAACUGAUAGGCCAAUUCUACACAGAAACCGGGCAGCCCACUGACGCUUUGCUACGUGUUGAAGCUUUCUUGUCAGAGGGGUUGAAGAAAAAGGCCCAGGCUCAGAGUGAGAUGCAGCUGUACCCAGCCUGUAACUCGGAGUGGAGCGAAGCCAGCGGGGGACGGGUAUGGUGCUCCACAAUGAGCGGUGGCAUUCACAGAGACUGGGUUGGAGUACCCAGAAUGCUUUUCUCCCCUGGGUCUGGUCAUUCCCGAUGUGUGUGUAUCCAACCGUCCGAUCCUGUUCACUCAGAGAACCGAAACCUCAGAGAGUACAAGGCCUGUCCUCCUCAAGCAGAAUCCUGCCAAAUCACUAAAGACUGAGCUACAAAUCCUCACCACACUACAAGUGUCAGUGAAUUUGAUUUGGAUUUCAAGGACUCUCAAGAUUUUCAUUUAGUUGUCUUCAUGUUUUUAUGAUUGGUUUAUUAUAGCAGGCACAUUGCAAGAGACCAAUGCUGCUAGUUCUGUUUCCAAUUAUAUAGUUUCUCUUCUUAGUUUUUACCUCUAAUUCCAUUGCAAUUUGUGACAAGAGUAUAUUAUUUAUGCCAUAGAAUCAAGACUGUUAAAUAAAAGACAAUUUUAUA